AUGACGGACGACGGCACAGCAUGGUUUUACGAAAUUCAUGAGACGGCUUCCCAAGGACUUCGGCCAUCUCAUAAACGUGGUGCCAAAACUGCAGCUCAGCAAAUCAUGUCCCAUCCCCUUUUCAUUUCGCGAGAGGUCUUAGAAGGGUUAAUUUUCGCCAUCUCUAUUUUUUACAUAAUCUGGACUAAGCCGAUUGCUAUUAACUUAAGAACAUUCUCAUCGGUCAACUAUAAUAAAUCCAAUAACUAUCCCUCAAAAUGGACAGCUUUUUGGGAUCUGUACACCUCUUCUGGUGCUCAAAGGACCACGCGCUUCCGUCUGGUACACUUCGGAGCCAGUCACCGAAUCAUCUACACAACCAUCAAACUCUGA